UUCAGUUUAGCUAACGUUUCGGUGUUUUUAAUAUUUGUAACAGUUUUCUUUAUUUGUUAACUGUACUUGGGAAGGUCAAACUUUCCACCUGGGCCACCGUGUUUACCAGUCUUAGGAAACCUGUUAUGGUGGAAUGGACUGAAAAAAAAAGGGAUUAAGCCAUACCAAGCACUGUUUAAGGCCAGCGAAGCUUAAGGAGAUAUAAUAUCGCUUAACAUUGUUGGCCAAAUGUUCGUGUUUUUACACGGAUAUGACACAAUUCGUGAGGCCUUCGUGAAGAAUGCGGAUGUAUUCAGUAACCGACCUAGCUGGCUAAAGGGACUUAAAGAGGCUAUCAAGGAAGGAAAAGGUGUGGGAUGGCAAAGCGGAAAUGACUGGAAAGUGCUCCGGAAGUUUGUACUGCAGACACUUAGAGAUUUUGGCGUUGGGAAGACGUCUUUAGAACAAAAAAUCUUGCGGGAAGUUGACGCUGCAAAUGACGUUCUCUACGCUACCAACGGAAAGCCGUCGGACGUGCGACUUCUUACGUCAAUGAUGAUCAACAAUGUGAUUUAUGGAAUCGUUUUUGCUAAAAGAUUUGACUAUGAGGACGACAAGCUACAGGAAAUCAUUGAAAACAUGGGCAGGAUAUUUCGAGGUGGUGCGUCUUUCACCCCUGAAGGGAUGAUGCCAACAUUUCUUCUGAAGUUGUUUAACAAAGAGAAAUGUGGCGACAAGGUAGUGACAUGGGCAGAUAGAGGUUCCUUGCCGUAUACAGAGGCGACGCUGCUUAAAAUACAAAGAAUGGCAAAUAUAUGUGAACUUGUUUGUGAUGUUUUAACUAAGGUUAAUAGUGGUAGUUUAGUAAUGGGAAUAUUUGCAUAUUUUCUCUUGUUUAUUCAGUUCACAUUAUUAAUUACUGGGUUUGUUAGUGACCUUCAUGGAACACCUUUCUCAGUUCCACACACAAACGAAGUUGACGUAACUUUUGAAGGGUACUUUAUACCUCGGAGGACUCUGAUUGUUGCCAAUUUAUACUCGUCCAAUAUGGACCCUCGUCAUUGGAACCGACCAGAAAUCUUCAAUCCUGAGAGGUUCAUUGAAGACGGGAAACUGAAGAAGAAUCCAGCUCUGAUUCCGUUUUCAAUAGGUCCACGGAUAUGUUUAGGAGAAUCUCUGGCCAAAAUGGAAAUGUUUUUGAUCUUCAGGAAUCUCCUACAGCGAUUUACAUUCUGUAGAGAAGACGAUAACGUCAAGCACUCAUUCGAAACGAUUUUAGACCAAAACACAAGAGCUCCAAAACCAUACAAAACACGUGCUGUGAAGCGAGCUUAAAUUAAAUUGUCUGUGAAAACACGCAGAUUUUAGAGGUUUUUUUCACAAAUAUAUAUAAUCAGAAGAAAUGAUUUAUAUUUACAUUCGUAGUCAAUGGUGGCAAUGUUUCCUUCCAAACAGUUAUGUAACACCGAAUUUAGCUUACUUUAGGGUCAUUAUUAAGGCGUCAAAAUUCGCCAUCGAUCAAAGUUUCGCCGACGACUACGUCUAUGAUUGGAUAACUUCAAGAUUAAUCAGAUCAUCCGGUGACUAGGAAGUACCAAAAGGAAGAAAUGACGUCAUCAUCAAACAAAAGUGCAUCUUUGUUUUUGUUACGUUUUGAAAGAAGAAGGCAGCAGCAGAAGACAAACUUUUAAGGCUAAAAACAAAUAAUUCUAUAUUUUUACUUUGUUGCAACCGACUAUCUUAUCAUUAUAAAUGCUUUAUACACACAUGACAGGAUCACGGGAUGUACGCGGUGAAAUGAGUUAUUUUACACGCGGGCUUGUAUUUAACAGUGUUAUUACGGAAAACACAUUCAUUUUACACUGCUUGAGUUUGUAAGCUAGAAAAAUACUAGAAAUACCACACUGCCGCUCAAAAGCAGGCGUAUACAGUUCUGACGGCCCAUGCCGCAAUGCCAUGUAGUAGGGUUUGGUAUUAUUAAAAAUCGUGAUCAAUUUUCUAACCAAUUUGCGUGAUGUGUAUUUUUAU